AUGAAUAGCGCGGCGGUCAUCGGGCGCCAGCUUCGCCAACAGAACACGGGCCGGGCCGUGCUCGCCGCCGCCGGAGGAGGCGCCGGGGGCCUCUCUGCCGCCUCCGCCGCCGCCCGGGCCCGGGCCCCGUCCCACUGCAACCUGAUCCCGACGCAGCCGCAGCAGCAACACCAACAGGGCCCGCACCAACAGCAGGGCCAAGCCCAAUCCAACACGGCGGACGCCAAGGAAGAGACCGGCAGCCGCUGGACGCUGCGCUGCGUCUGGGAAGCGUGCAAGGCUCUCUCGGGGGGCAUCUUACUCAUGGUCGUGGGCACCGCCAUGUGCGUGGUGGGAUUCUACGCCGAGCACCUGGCCACGUCCCAAGAGCAGCGCCACAACGCCACCGUGGUUGUGGUGGACCGCACCCGCGAGGCCCACCUGCACAACAUGUCGUUCGCCGGACCGGCGAUCAUGGGCCUCGGUGGCAUCUUCAUCGUGGCCGCGUGCGUGCUCACGUUCGAGGCCAAGGACCGGCCCCACCACCGGGUCGUGCCCGUCGACGAGAGGAAGCCCUCCGCCGCAGAGGUACUCAUUCCGGUGCUGGCCAAGACGCCCCACCAAACCAACGGCCACCACCUCACCGUGCCGGGCCUCGCGCCCGCGUCUUCCUCCGUCUGGACCACACACCUCGGCAACGGCGAGCCGGGGCCCUCGGAGCCCCCGAGGUCCCUCGUCCUGCCCUGCUCCACGGGCACCAGGACGUCCCUUUCUUCGACCACCACGUUCCUGCUCAGCCCGCGCUACGAGGAACACUUCUUGCCGUCCCCCGCGGACCUCCAGAUCCAGGACCCCGACGGCUGUGACACGCCGGACUCGCUAGUGUCCGUACGACUCGAACUCUACGCUCGAUACCCGAGGACGCCCAACCUGUUCGCGUCCGUCGAGAGCGACGGCCUGUCCGAUGACUCGGACGAGGACGAGAUAAUGGCCGCGACGCCCAGCUACGUCACCGGUGGACUCGACGAAGACCAGGUGGUCCCCUUGCUCGGACGUUGUAGUCCACAGGACCUCGUACGCCUUCCCCCAAGGAGAGACGGCCCCAAGAGGUUCCCGCUCUUGAGGCAGUCGGCAGCCGCCGACGGGUGCAGUAGGGGACUUAACGGGAGGGCUUCUGACGAGGUCCCCAGCUAGGAUUGACACGGACCCACUUGGUCUUUCGCUCUCUGGCCCCUUCUGGGGAGAAGUGUGCCGUGGCUCGCCCUGGAGCCUGUCUCGGACGGCAGGCGGCGGCCAAGCCACCCUUCUCCGGUCCACGCUGGGAUUGCCGCGCCCGUCUCACGUG